GAGCGUGCUCAAGACCGUCAUCGUCGUAGCAGUCCCGUCUCUCACUCGUCCUUUUAUCAGUAUCGAAACCAUGGCUUUCCUGGGUCUGCGCAAAUGGCCGACACCCGUCGCUAAGCCCAUGUGGCCCUUCAUCGCCGCGAGCGGCCUCACCUUCUACCUUGUGUCCAAGAUGCAGGACGCUGCCGUGAAAUCCCCCGAGUUCGCUAACGAUCCCAAGAACCCGUACGCGGAGCAGAUCGCUAGGCAGUCGCACCACUAGAAAAUGGCGGGGGAUGGCUUCCGGUUUCCUCCGGUACGAGGGGGACGUGGAGGAUCGUCAGUGAGGACUGGAUAUGUAUAGAUUCAAGGCCAGUAAUGAAUGAAUUUGCUGAUCUGA